AUGUUUGAUUGUGUUCUAAGCUUUCCUGAGGACCUUAUUACUGAUAUACUAGUUCGUCUUCCUGUUAAGUCCAUAGAUCGGUUUAGGCGUGUUUCAAAGUCAUGGCAAUCAUUGCUCUCGAGUCCUAGGUUCAUCAAAGACCAUCUUGCAUUUCACAACCUUGGUGACCCUGAAAAGCUCAUCUUCACAGAUGCAUCUGAUCACUCCCCUGUUAUGUUAACUUUCACCACUGAAAACCGAGGUGGAAGUAGAAACAAUGGGGUUUCAAAAAAGCUGAUCUGUCCAUCUCUGCCUCGGAAUGAGUGGGCUAAGGGUUUAGGGUACGAUGAGAGUAGUGAUGAUUACAAAAUUGUCACACUUUCAUAUUUUUAUACGGAUAAUGAGCAUGAGCCAGACUGUGCUGAAACGUUUGUGGAUAUUUAUAGUGUAAAAAUGAAAACUUGGAAGAGACCACCGGCUUCUCCGUACGAUCAUGCUGUUCCGCAAGUUGCCCAUGGAGUAUUUGUAAGUGGCUGUUUACAUUGGUUGGCCUGUGAUAUUAAAACAAAAGGGCAUCCUUCCGUAAUAGCUGCUUUCGAUUUGGGUCAUGAGAAAUUUGAGAAAGUACCCCCUCCUAUAGGUGUUGAUGAAAGUAAAUUUGUGUUUAAUGAGCUUAUUGUUUUGGGAGGAUGUCUUGCAUUGAUUGUUGAUUCAUACGACGGUGUCGUUGAUGUCUGGGUGAUGAAGGAGUAUGGUGUUCAAGAAUCUGGACUAAAUUUACCAUCAACUAUCCUGCAGAUGGAAAUGCAUGUUCAUUCAAACUUGUUUGUCUUUUAA